AUGACCUUUCUCAAUAUUAGUACCUAUGGACCCUUCCUUCUGACUGGCUUCCCUGGCCUGGAGGACUCAUAUCCAGUGUUCUCCAUAUUGUUCUGUUUUCUCUAUGCCAUUGCUCUGAUGGGAAACAGCCUCAUCUUAGUGGUUAUUUGGGUGGAGCCAGCCCUUCACACACCCAUGUACCUUUUUCUCUCCAUGCUGGCCACCAGUGACCUGGGACUCUGUGCUACCACCUUGCCAUCUCUGCUAAAACUUUUUUGGUUCAAUGACCGUGAAGUACACUUUGAUGCCUGCCUCACUCAGAUGUUUUUUAUUCAUCUUUUCUCCCUAAUGGAAUCAGGCAUCCUGUUCGCCAUGGCUUUUGACCGCUAUGUGGCCAUCUCUAACCCACUAAGGUACACUACUAUUUUGACUAAUGUGAACAUUGCUAAGAUAGCUCUGGGUCUUUCACUGCGGGCUGUGUCUGUCACCUGUCCAGGACCACUUCUCAUCAGGCGGUUGAGAUUUUGUGAGGCCAAUGUGCUGUCCCACUCCUACUGUCUACACCCAGACAUCAUCAAGCUCUCCUGCUCUGACCACCACCUUAGUAGUAUUUAUGGCCUCAUCAUUGUUAUCAUCACCUUUGGAAUGGACUCUGCAUUCAUUCUUCUGUCUUAUGUGAAGAUACUGAUCACUGUAUUGGGCAUUGCCUCCCGGGUGGAACAGUUCAAGGCUCUCCACACUUGUGUCUCCCACCUCUGUGCUGUGCUGCUAGUCUAUGUCCCCAUGCUGGGAGUGUCUAUCAUCCAUCGCUUUGGGAAGCAUGUUCCACCUGUGGUCUCCAUUAUAAUGGGAUAUGUUUACCUCCUGGUACCUCCUGUCCUCAACCCUGUUGUGUACUGCAUUAAGACCCGGGAGAUAAGAACUCGCAUUUGGGGCAAUCUACUAAAAUCACAGUAG